UCCGCGGUACGACCGCCCGCCGACCUUCUCCACGAAGGCGGCCCUGCACACGAUGCUUCGUGCGCGGCAGCCCCCUGGUGGCUACCUCCCGCAGCCGGGCAUGGCGCCCCCUGCUGGCCACGCGGGCAUGCAGAUGAUGCAGAACCGGCAGAUGAUGGUGGCGCAGCAGCAGCAGAUAGGACAGCAGCAGCAGCAGCAGCAUUACGCGGCGUCGUACCAGGACGCACGCAUGUACGCGCAGCAGCAGCAGCAGCAGCAGGCGACCGCGCAGCAGCCGCUGCACCACAUGCCACCGCAGCAGCAGCAGGGCGGCUACGGCAAUGGAUACGGAAACCCGCACCUGCAGCAGACGAUGGCGCCACCGCAGCAGCAGCAGACGAGUGCUGCCAUGACGAUGAUGCAGCAGCAGCAGCAGCAGCAGCAGCCUGCGGCAGCGUACAGCCAGCCCGCGUACCAGGCAAACCCGAACCUCAUGCACGGCAUGAUGUCCCAGCAGCUGCCUCAGUCCAGCGGAUACGGAAUACCACCCCCGCAGCAGCAGCAGCCGCCGCCGCCGCCGCCGACGCCGCCGCUGCACCAGAUGGCGACGACGUCGCGGCUGAAACAUCCGAACGUGCCGAUGGCGGGCGGGGCAGUGGGCGCCGGCACGGCGAUGCCUUCUCAUGCGAUUGCCGGGGGUCAAGGUCAUGCGAUGAUCCAGCAGCAUCAGUACAUCGCCCAGAUGAGCGCGGCGGGAAGCGGCGGCAGCGCGGGCGCAGGCGUGGGCGCGGGGCCCAACCCGCAGCAGCAGCACGCGCCGCAGCAACGACAGACGGCUCAGCUCAUAGCCAAGCUGAAGGGAGGUCUGCAGAGCAACCACCCACCCCCGAACUACUGAUGACCUCCCUCCCUCCCUCUCUCCCUCCCUCACUCCCUCUCUCCCUCUCUCUCCUGUGCUCACCCGCUCUCACAUUACUGAUGCUUGGGCCACCAGCCCCUAACCAACCCGGCACUAUUGAUGAUGUUGUGUGAACCCGCGAUUAUGUGUAAAAUAAAGGUAAAAGGUGCGGCAAUCGUGAGUAAAGUCACGGUAAAAGGUGCGGCGAUCGUGUGUAAAAUAAAGGUAAAAGGUGCGGCAAUCGUGAGUAAAGUCACGGUAAAAGGUGCGGCGAUCGUGAGUAAAGUCACGGUAAAAUGUGCGGCGAUCGUGAGUAGAGUCACGGUAAAAUGUGCGGCGAUCGUGUGUCACAUUAUCUGAGCUAUAAAUGUGUCGUUGCUGUCAUUAUUAAUGUGCGCUGCGAGUUCGUGACGUGAGCUGGAAUGUGGCAUCACUGUGUGUAAUGAAUGUAAUGCAUGUGUAUAUAUUUUAUCCAUAUCUAUCAGAUAUAUAUAUCAAGUCAAAC